CGCUGGCCAGUCAACGCCGAGCGCUGAGCCCGAGCGGCCGCGAGUUUCAUUCAACAAUAAAAGCAAAAACACAUUUUACAAAAAUGUUUAAAAUUAGCGCUAUGUAAAAACGGAAAGCAAAAUCAACUUGGAGAACUGCGCCGGCACAGUGGCUGCCGUUAGUCAAGGAAUACACACACACAGCACUGCUGACCAUGCCCACAACGUCGCCGCCGCCCAAUCGACGGCAGCUGCUGCGCAGCGUUGAGAGCUUACGCGGACGCGUUUGUCAAAUAUUAAAUUGUGUUAUUAAUUUGCACAUUGAAUUUUUGGUGCUCGAAUCGAAUGUGGCCGCAUUGCUGGAUGAGGUGAGAUGCCUGAACGACGACUACGCCGAGGUGCAGCGCUUGGAUCAGCUGAUCGAGGCGCUGCGGGACUACGGUGGACCCACCAUAUGCCAUGAGUGGCCAUAUCCUUUGAUUUUUAAGGGCACAAUCGACGAGGCACACGUCGCACAAAUACUCAACACAACGGAACUAGUUCCGGAGCCAUCGCCAACAACAGUCAGUGCCAAGAAUGAGCUGUUGAAGCAGACUGAAGGGAGCGAACUGGCUGGCCUAAGCAGACGUUCAAAACUUUGGCGGUUCACGCGAACUAGAUCAGCGGCGCGAAAAACAGAAGAAGCUAGUGCAAGCUGAUGAACAUUUGAGAGCUACUAAUGCAGUUGGAGGUCGAAACAAUAAUCGAAAUCAUGACAGUCGACUAUAACUAGAUCAGCUCCUAGAAUAGAAUUAUUAACUAGUCUUAGCUGAUUGAGAUGUUUGCUUCUCGUAUUUACAUAAGUCUGUUUAGUUUACUCUUCCUAUAGUCUAUGUGAAGGAAUACCAAAAAAUAUAUGUUUAUGCUUAAGCGAUAAAUGUCAAGCUAAUGUGUUGGCGGUUUUUGCUGCUGUUCCUCUAAUUGACUGCGGUCAAUCGAGGCAUCGACCAGGGCGGCUCUUUCCCUACCCAUCUACCCACGUGGUGCAUAACCGCAGGCGUCGCAUUCAAGAUUUUUGCGGCGCCGACAGAAGCAGGCAUUGCUUUUGACAUGAGACUGUGGCUUCAAUUGAGACACAGCCUGUUUACACAAAGAAAUCAUAGCCGCAAUCUCCACACCUCCUCAUUGAAGCAAGGAACCGCAACAGGUUGCCGCAUCUAAUUAAAAUGACCUCCUUUGUUAAAGGAGUUGUAUCUGCGAAUGCGAAUGCGAAAGUUA